GCAAACGAUAAGACGACGUCCCGAUUGAAUGCUGGCAGGUUUCGCGCUUAGUAUCGAUCUAGCGUUCGGUAGCAAUGCAGUGGACAGUGUUUGUACUUUGUUUGGCAGUUGCCCUCCCGUGCAUUCGGGCAGAUAAUGUCGAGUCGGAGGAUCGCUCACCUCGACUGAUCGGCGGUACGAACGCACCCUGGGGCCAGUUUCCGUCGGCCGUCUCGAUUAACACCACCUUCAAUGUACACUGCGGCGGUGCAGUUGUCGACCGCCAGCACGUCCUUACCGCGGCUCAGUGCGUGUUCAAUGCUAACCAGCGGCUGAUCGACCCGUACUGGAUCACGGUCCGGGCCGGUGACAUUGCGCUGGCCCCGGUCGGUGCCCGCCGUCAGACGCGCAAGGUGUCGCACAUCUUCGUCCACCCGCAGUUUAACAUUCGCACGCUCGAGCACGAUGUGGCGGUGCUGAGGUUGGACCGUCCGUACGACCUACCGUCCAACACGAUCAAUCUGGCUAAUAGGACGCGCCGGAUCGUACCGAACGGUGCCAUCUGUCAGUUUGCUGGGUGGGGUGCAACGACGGCUGCCCUUAAUGCGCCGGUCAAUGUGCUGCAACGCUUCCUGCCGAUGACGGUGAACGAUCGCGAUAUGUGCAAUCAGGCCAACAUGCAUGCCGGUCGGAUGCUGGAAAGCCAUCUCUGUGCAGGCAACACGGGCGGAUCGAACAAUGCUGCCCCGUGCAACGGAAAUGCCGGUACUGGGCUGUACUGUGAGCGGGCGCUGGUUGGUACGCUAUCGUUUGGAUUGAACUGUGGUGCUGCCAACAAUCCGCCCGUGUUUACGCAGGUGCGAUUCUACAACGAUUGGAUUGAACGGCAGUUUAACCAGACGCAGGGACAGCCGGCCGGAUGGACACCGGCAGUGUUGUAAUGGGUGGGGACUCAAGAGAUUAAUAAAGAGGCAAACAGGCUGA